AGCGAUGUCACGGCAUCCGCUCCUGCCGUGCCCAAGGGCAAGUCAAUCACGGCCUACACUCUUUGCCGCCAGAACUUUGAACGCGCGCACCCUGGCGUCGACAAGAAGAGCAUGACGGUGCUGUUCCGAGCCCAUUGGAAGCAGAUGGGCAAGGAAGCGAGGAAGGAGUGGGAGGAGAAGGCGAGGCUGGCAAAGGCUUCGCAGGUGCAGGUACGUCCUUUCUUCAUUCAAAUGUCGUCGUCGUCUCAACAUACAUUGCAGGCUGCCCAAGCAAUCUCGUCUACAUGA